AUGAGUCUGGGUGAGGGUGAUGCUGGCGGCGACGGGUCUGGAUGGCGGCAGCUUAGGGUGGCGGAGGGUGAAGCGCUGCUGGGUGAGGGCGAUGCUGGCGGCGGGUGGCGGAGGGUGAAGCGCUGCUGGGUGAGGGCGAUGCUGGCGGCGGGUGGCGGAGUUUUCGUAUUCAUGGGGAGUUGUUCGUUGUUUGAUCUGGAGCGGCACUUCGCGUUCUAUGGAGCUUAUCACAGCAACCCAACGAAUAUUUUGAUUCACAUGAUAUUCGUCUGGCCGAUUCUCUUCACUGCCCAAUUGAUUCUCUACUUCACGCCUUCUUUACCGCCCAAGUUUGAGUUCUCCAUCUUGGGGAUCGAUGCCCUUCUAGUUCUCAAUGUUGGGUUGUUGUUUACAGUGAUAUAUGGUGUUUUCUACAUCUGUCUGGAUAAGAAAGCUGGCUCCUUGGCUACUCUGCUCUUGCUCUUCUGCUGGGUGGCCAGCAGUUUCUUGGGUUCCUGGCUUGGAUUCUCCCUUGCUUGGAAGGUUGUUGUGGUUGCCCAGAUAGUAUGCUGGACUGGGCAGUUCAUUGGGCAUGGUGUCUUUGAGAAACGAGCACCAGCUCUUUUGGACAAUCUUGUUCAAGCAUUUCUAAUGGCUCCCUUCUUUGUGUUGUUGGAGGCUCUUCAGACCUUCGCUUAUGAACCGUACCCGGGAUUUCAUGCAACUGUUCAAGCUAAGGUUGAUACUCAGAUCCGUGAGUGGCAAGAGAAGAAGCAGAAGUAAUUAAGAGUAAACCAUGAUGUCCUUCCACCUAUCUUAAUCCAUUACAUGCAUGAAUAUUAGACUCAUUAACGGGGCUUUGUUCUUGAAAUGUUGGAAGCUAUCUGUACAAAGCUUUCGUUUGUGUUGAAUCAUGAAAAUUAUAUUGGAAAUGAAGUGUCGAGUUCUUCAUUUAUUCGUCAUUUAUGGUGCAUGAUCCCUUUUUGAUGGACUGUGGAAGAUUGCUGUUUGAUCUCUGGUGAUUCAUUGCGGUGCAAUUCAGAACAUUGUUGUUCUUAGUUCGGCUUAGCUUAGAACUCUGAAUUUCUAGAGGUUAUUCAAUGGGGAAAAGGUACAGUGACCAUUUCAUUCUUUGCAUGAAUAUACUUUGUAUGUCGCUUAUAAGCAUCUGACUGCUUUCAGCUUCAAGCCAUGUGCCAUCGACAGAAUGGUCAUCAUUCGAUAUUGAACUGGGUGAUUUGGCACCAAACUGAACUUGAAGAACCUGCACAAAAUGGCUAGUGCCAUCUUCAUUUGGAGAUAUGCAGAGUCUUUACCAAGGCAGAUUCUUGGUCCAGCCUAUGAACACACCAGCAGGCCGAGAGCUCCCUUUAGUUCCAACAAUAAAAAAAUUCGGUUUAGUAGCAAAGUGGUUGAGGAAAAGACUUACUUGAAAUGCUGUGAACUUGAAAGGAGACGAGUUCUGGAACAACCCAUCUUUCAGCCAUCUCUCUGGCUUGAACAAAGCUGCAUCAUAUCCCCAGUUGUACUCCAUCCUUCCCAUGGAAUAAGGCACAUAAGUCACCAUGCCUCCGGCUUUCACUUUAGUACCAUCUGGCAACACAUCAUCCUCUAGGAUCCCUUUUGGGUCCUGAGGGACUGCGGGGUAAAGCCGAAGUGUCUCUGUAAUCACUGCAUGGAGGUAAUGCAGUUUCCCUAAUGAAUCAUAGUUCAAAAGCCCUGCAUACUGCUUCACACGCUUGUUAAACAAUUCAAUGUCAUCCACAUCAUCACAUUCAACGAAUGUUGCAUUCUCUUCCUUUGCUCUCUCAUUCUCAAAUGCCUUGAGUUCCAUGUAGAGCUUCUCGGCUACAUGGCUAUGUGUCAUUAUCAUGUACACAGCCCAUGAGAGAGUUGUGGCUGUCGUGUCUCGACCGGCUAUCACAAAGUUGAGAACAACAUCUCUUAGGCUUUUGUCUGUCAUUUUGCUCUCUGGGUCUUCGCCUAGCUCUAUGAACCUCGAUAAUAUGUCGUGUUUCAUCUUGUUAUCUUUAUCAGUUGCUUGAGCUUCCUCAAGUUCUGCUUUCCUUCUUCUGAUUACAGAAUACGUGAAAUCAUUGAUUAUCUUUAUGCUCUUGUCGAGUAGAGCUUCCGAGCCUGCAUUGAACAGCUUCUUUAUCCUCCACAAUGGAUCGAUGAACCGAAGCGUUACGAUGAUGUUUGCAGUAUCGAAAGCCUGCGCAAACUGGUUUUCCGGCAGGUCGGGUGCCAGAGUUCCUAUCUCGACUCCAAACCCAACUUUGCAUAUUGAAUCCAGUGUCAUCCUCAUCAAAAGUUCCUGUGAAAGAAAUUACAGGCCAGAUAAUUACAGGCUCGUGAACGCAUCAGACAGACUGGAGUCAUGUAUUGAACAUUAUACCUGCAUAUCUACUACUUGAUUGUGGGAAGAAGUCUCAGUGAGGAUAGCAGAGAGUUUGAGGCUGUACUCUCUGAAGACAACUGUGCUGAAAUCCCUCAAGUUCUUGGAAGCAAACUCAAAGCUAGCUGUCUUCCUUUGUUUCCUCCAGAGCUCUCCAUCGACGUUGAAUAUCCCAUCUCCAAGCAGAACUUCCAUGUAUGAAUGGUACGUCUCUCCCUAGUUUUUACAGUGGUAUCAACGGUAAGUACCUGCAAAAAUGAUUGCUGCAGAAGAAAUGUGAAAAGUUGGUCAUUCUUUUCUGUUUUACCUUUGGAUAGUUAGCAAAGUUGGUCUUGAGAACAUGCUCAACACUUGCAGGGUCAGCUAUGUAAGUGUAUGUUGUGGAUGGCAUUGGAACCACGACAGUCUGACAUUCGGACAAGUAAUUGACAAGCCAGUCGUGCAUCCUGUCGAAGUUCAUCAGCUGCUCAAUGGCUGCUCCAAAGAUCGGCCAUGUCUUUGGACCUUUCUUGUUCCUCUGGUUCCAUCUGUGCACGAAAACCCACGAGACAAAGAGACAAGCUACGAUGAGGAACAUGGAUACAAGACCCUUUUCAUCUUCCAUUGGAUGAUACUUGAAUUGGUAAACAGAGAUCAGUGAUAUGCAAGGUUGAUUAAGAUGAAUGCAACAACAAAUGUAAAGCUUGAAAUCCGAACCAGUUUGAUAUAAAAUUAGUUUUGACAUGCUUGGGCAAGUUGGUGAAAGGGGAAAGAUUAGUUGGUUGAAAUUCACUCUUUGCAUGAUCUUGCAACACUAGCUGUCCCGCUUGACUAGCAGAGGAGAAGUAGAUCGAUAGUAGAAACGUGCUCAGGAAAAGAUGGCAACUUCAAUGAAGAAAACAAGCUGUAUGAUUUCUUUUUGUUUUGUUUUUUCAUGUCAAAUAAAAAAGUUAUGUGUUGUGGCUCUAAAAAAUUCAAAUUUACAAUAAUGCCGCUCAUUUAUAUUCUUCUUGCCCAAAUUUCAAUGUAAAACAAC